GCAUCUCGGCUUGUUGCUUUGUAUAAUAAAGUCUUAUUAAAUUCUGGAACUCUGCCUUUUGAGCUUCAUUUGCAAGGAAGAGAUGACUUUUCUCCACAACCAUAGAUAGAUAGGUACAUAAAUACAUACACAUACAUACAUGUGGUCACUGUCCAGUUUUCCGCUGUUAUCUGGAGUAGCCUAUGUUAAUAAGGAAAGGGCAGAUAAGUGUUUGAAUAGGAGGAGCUUCAUAUUCUGCUUACUUGAUCUUACGAAGUGCAUUUCAAUGUUUAUGCACAAAGAUACCGCUAAAAGAUGAAAAAAAGGCUGGGAAAUCUAAGCUUGAAUUCCCUCACUUAUAAUUUAACAGAGGAGAAAAGAAAGCAGCUUUGUUCCUUGCUGGGGAAUGUUGAACUGACUCUUCUCUACAAAGCUUCUGUUCAUGGAUAUCACGCUUCUUCCUUCCACCAGCGAUGUGACCAUCAGGGUCCAACAUUACUUGUGGCCUACAACCGUUCAGGCUACAUCUUUGGUGGAUACACUAGUGUAGAGUAUGCUCAAAGUGGACGGGAUAUUACAGAUGAGAGUGCUUUCCUGUUCAGCUUUCAAGGUGUUCAACAUUCAAAUCCUCUCUGCAUCAAAAUUAACAGUGGAUAUACUGCACGUUAUGAUGAUGCUGGAGGACCCAACUUUGGCCAACAGUUGUACUUUUGCUACAACAACCAACCAGUUGUGUAUGAUCAAAGUGUGAAUGCAUUUUAUAAUAGAGCAGUGGUUAAUCCAUUCGGUUUUAGACCUGCCACAACAUUUGAGUUUAAUCAAGGAGGGGGUGCAUUUACUGUUAUUUCGGCAACAUUGUAUGGGAACGACACUCAAUUAACUGAAUGUGAGGUGUACAAAGUGGAACAGAAAAAAGAUCCUCAGAUCAGUGCCAAGGUGAAGCCGUGGAGGAAUGUUGAGUGGACAGCAAAACGAAGAGACGAGCUCAUGAAAAUGAUCAGGAAUUAUAAACCCAUGAUGACUUCUGUGAAUCAGAUCAGAAUCCUAAUGAUCGGUCCUGUAGGUGCUGGAAAAUCCAGUUUCUUCAACUCCAUCAACUCCAUCUUCAUGGGCCGCAUGACCAGUAAAGCCAUGUCAGGAUCUGCAGGCACUAGCCUCACCACACAGUUUCGCACAUACCCAGUGAAAGACGGUCGUGAAGGAAAGCCACUGCCGUUUGUGUUGUGUGACACCAUGGGACUCGAGGAGCAAUCAGGUGCAGGACUGGAUAUUGAGGACAUCAGCAGCAUUCUUCAAGGUCACGUACCAGACCGCUAUAAAUUCAACCCCACAGCACCGUUUCAACCAGAUGAGCAAAAGGCCUCCAAACCUGCAUCUCUACAGGAGAAGAUCCACUGUGUGGUGUACGUGAUAGACGCCACCAAAAUCUCCCUCAUGUCUGACAAACUAGAGGAAAAACUUGCUGCCAUACGCAAAAAAGUGAACUCACUGGGCAUUCCCCAGAUGGCUUUGAUGGCAAAAGUAGAUGAAGCAUGUCCUGAUGUGGAGGAAGAUCUUCAAAAUGUUUAUAUCACUUCCUACAUCAAGACGAAGGUUCAGGAGGUGAGCUCUCGGUUGGGUGUGCCGGUGUCUUGUGUGUUACCGGUGAAGAACUACAGUCAGGAGCUGGAGCUGGAGCUCAACUGUGACGUCCUGCUACUCACCGCUCUACAGCAGAUGCUCAACUUUGCAGAUGACUAUCUGGAUGAUGUUGAUCCUGUUUAGGACAAUCUUAUAAAGUGCUACUAGUGGAGUUUUUUCUCCCUUUGUGAUAGAAUGAUUUAAUGUUAUAUUUGUGUGUAAUCUUAUAUUGGUUUGCUAUUUGUACUACUUAUUGUAGAUGUACAGUUGUGCUCAAAAUUAUUCAUACCCUUUGUAAAUAUGACUAAAGAAGGCUGUGAAAAUAAAUCUGCAUUGUUAAUCCUUA